AUGGUGGCCCCCUCGGAGGACGGGAGUGUGAAUCCGCUGCAGCUGCAGUGGAAGAAUCCCGAGCUCCUCGCCUUUCUAGGCGCGCAGAAAGGGAUCGUUGGAGCUGGUCAGUCGGUGCUGGAUGUGAACAACGUGAUGGAAUACUUUAGCACAUCGCCUUUUUAUGACCGUCGCAGCAACAACGAGCAUGUGCGCAUGCAAAGUGCCGCUCUGGUCGCGCAGAUCAUGGCCACUACCCCGCUCUCCGGCGAAGAGCUGAUGCGUACUAUUACGAAAAGGCAGGAGGAAGAGCUCCGGUACCAAUCUACGGUCCUCGGCCUCACGACGACGCUGUGUCAGCAGCGGGAGCAUCGCGCUACCUUUAGCCCGCGUCGAGGACAAUACGGCCGAUUCCUCACGGGCGAUGCGCCCAAGGAGUCGUCCUCGGGCGCUGAAGCAUGA